GGCUCAAGCAGCUGACUCCAUACAUCAAACCCUGCCAUGAGAAGUAGUUAAUGCUUUUAAGUGUUCAUCACAAAUAAAAUUCCAUUAGCUCGGAGAGGGUCUUCCCCUACCACUAGGCUACUACUUCCUCUUCAUCUAGCGUAUUACCAAGAAUAAUGUCAUUCAUUAGCAGCUAGAAGACUAGACUAGAUAGCGCGGUGGUUAGGUUGCUAAUUAAGCUAGGUUGUCUCCCUCUCUCUCUCAUCCACCAUCAUCCCCAAUUCUCCACACGAACUCGAUCGACCAGAGAAUCUACCUGCUGCGAGCAAUGGGGCACCAGACCCAGAUGUUCGACGACCCGUUCGCGAGCAGUAUGUCGUCCCUGGACGCAGACAUCUUCUCCGUCGCCGGCGGCCUCCACCCAUCGCAGUGGCCGGGACUCGACCACGACGUCUCGCUGGCGCCGGCUGCCAACAACGGCACCUCCUCCGGCGGCUACGGCUCCCCCGGGGGCGGCGAUGGCUCGGGCUCCCACCGCAAGAUCAGCCACAACGCGUACGAGCGCGACCGCCGCAAGCAGCUCAACGAGCUCUACUCCGACCUCCGCUCCCUCCUCCCCGACUCCGAUCACACCAAGAAGCUGAGCAUUCCGAUCACGGUGUCGCGGGUGCUCAAGUACAUCCCGGAGCUGCAGAAGCAGGUGGACGGACUGGAGAAGAAGAAGGAGGAGCUUACGCGGGCCAGCUGCAAGCCAGGCGUAUUGACCAUGAAGGAGAACACGGUCCCGAUCGUGUCCGCCACCUGCCUCGACGAAAGGGAGAUCAUGGUCCAGGUUAGCUUGGUGAGCACCAUGGCCGGAGCUCUGCCCAUGUCCAAGUGCAUCAAAGUGCUGGAGAACGAAGGCCUCCGCCUCAUCAGCUCGUCCACUUCUGCUUUCCAGAACAGGACGUUCUAUAGCCUCCAUCUUCAGAGAACCCAACGGACGAUGAGCAAAGAGUGUCCCGCAUUUUGUGAAGAACUGGAGAAUGCCCUGACGCAGAAGGCGGGACUACGUCUACAUCACCAGUAGAUUAUAUGUAGCAGAAUAAUGGUGUAUAUUGUCUUGUUUAACCACCAUGACUCAAAAUGCAUGCAUACCAUAGAUAUAGGACAUAUACCUAAGAUAAAUAGUAGUGUUGAUAUGCAUGCUGCAUGGUACGUACAGUGCUGCGUGUUCCAUAUCUAGUAAUUAUGAAUGUAUGUAUAUACAUUUCUAUGUAUCCCGAUAUGUAGCUGUAUGCAUAUAUUGAUGCA